CAAAAAUUUUCCUUUUCUUAAAUUUAGUAUGCAAAUAAUCUAGGAUGACAUGAUAAGGAUUAACUCAGUUUAAGAAUUAUGUUUGACAGAAAAUGAAAAGAUUGAAUCAAUAUGUUAGCAGUUAAAGAAUAUUUGCACUGUUUCUUAAAUGCUCUUGACCCCUCAACCAAUAUAUAAAAGAAUAAAGAAGUAGAGAGUAUUGAAAAAAAUGUCCAAAACUCAGUCGUCAGAAGAAGAUUCUUGUGACAUUCAACAAAAAAAGAUGAUUCCAAAUUGUUCUGAACUCUCUAGAAAUGAAUUGGAAGAGAAGAUUGCAUUAAUUGAUGGAUUAUAGCAAUAAAUACAAUAACUUAAAUGCAUGAUGUCUUAAAUACAGGAAGUGAUAUGAGUUAU